ACGUACUAAAAGUUUUCACUGUGACCUAUAAACAUGUUCUGUGUUUCAAAAGAACAACAUUAAAUCAGUGGCAUAGUUUUUUUUUUUUUUUAGUUUUUUUUCUAAGUGUGCGAAUUAAAAUUUGUAUGCAAAAAUGUCACGCUCAACAAUGUUACGAACUCGAAGAAAAGACAUUAAUAUUAAACCGAACCGCAGAUUGGAUCGAAAAUCAUCCCGUGGAAUGAUUUAUGAAAAUGAAGAAUUAAGACUGCGUACAAUUAACAUUAAUGCUGAAGUGGAGAAAGGACAAAACGAUAUCAAAAAAUUACGUCGAGAAAAUGAACAACUUCGACGGGAAAUAUGGUUUAUACGAAAUGAAUAUGAGAAACUAGAAAAUAAAUUAUUAUCAGCGGAUGGAAAACAUUCAGGCGGUAGUGAAGAUUCUACAACGUGUUCCAGUGAAGAUGAUUCUGAUGACGAAGAUUCAUGUCCAAGUUGUGCUGCAGCUGAAAGUGUUGUAACCGAAGAAUCGAGUCAAAAUUACGAUAAUACGGAGAAAAUUUCAAAUCGUCAUCAUAAUUUACAUGUCGAAUUUGAUCAUUUAAGUGUAGUAUCUGAAGAAAAUUCUGGUGAAAAAUCAUCUGACGAUCCAGAACAAAAUAAAAAAACAUCUGUACUAGGACCGGAUCAAUCGUACCCUGAAAACAAUGAGAAUGGAAAAUUCCCAUCAAAUUUUUUUGCACCACUUCCAGCGAGAAAUAAUAUAGAUGAGCCAUUAAUCUACACAAAAACUAGCCCAGAUGUGUAUGUUAAUGAGGCCAUUUCCCCCAUUAUCCAAGAUAUUCCAGAAGAUCAUACUAGUUUUCAAAGUGGUGGAAAUUUGGAACAACUAUUAAAAGAUAUGGAUAUGAUCUCAAAAGAUAUUUUACUUUAUUCUAAAAAAACUAUACCAUCAACCAGUCCAAAUUCCCUAGAAUACGAACAAAAUUCAAAUCCAUUUCUAUUUUGUACACCACAGCAACAGUCAAAUGAUCUAUGUCAUAAUUUCGUACAAAUUGAUAGUACAUUAACGCCUGAAUCAUCCCCACAAUUUACUGAGACUGAACCAUCAUUCUAUGGACAAAAACCUUAUAAAAGUGAAAUUAACGUAGUUUUAGUCCCAAACCCAAUGCCUUUGAUUGGUUUUGAAAAAUAUAAAUUAACACAACAAUCAAAUCCCGACAUUUCAAAUAUUAGUCCAACGUUGCAACCAACAAAUGUCUUUCCAUUUCGUUCUCAAACAUUACCAACAAAUGCUCAACCAAAUUUUAGUAAUUUUACAGAGGGUCCUGUGUGCAAUUUAAAUAUACCAGCAGUUACUGACAUGAGCACGACUGUACCAGCCAUAAUGCCUCCAAUAUGUAACACUUAUGAAAACAUACAAAGUUUUCAAAGGGUUUGUAACAUGUGUCAAGUGCCCUUAUUCGACUCGCAAAGUAAUAUUAAUUGUCAAAGUUGUGUUCCAUACGCUGUUCCACAAAAACUUCCAAAGACAACGUCUCAGACGCCCCAGGAUUGUACAAAUGAAACUCCAUCCACAUCUUUAAACACGGAUUCUAAUAAAAAAAAUAUACCCAAUCCUAUAGAAUUACCUUCGACACAAAUUGCAUCAGAAGAAAUAAAUAGUCCAAAAAUAAUGAAAGAAAAUUUUCCAACCGAAAUUGUUGCAACUUCGAAAACAAUCGACGAAACAAAUUUAGAUAAAACUACAAGUUCUAGUGAUGAUAAAACUGUAAAAUCCGCUCCUCCAGUCUCGAUAAAUAAAUCACCGGUGAAAGUUCGAAAGCAUCGAAAAUUAAGUAUACAUUUUAAUGGAUCAAAGAAAAAAAACGUAGAGGAGAGUUCGAAACAUCUAGAUACACCAUUACCGACAAACGAGUUACUUGUAAAGAAAUCCUCAUCGAAACAGAAUUUGAACCAAAUACCCGAAAGUAGUGAAAUGGAAUCUCCGUCAAGUAUGGCAGGUAAAGGUCCAAGUUUCGAACGAAAAGUUUCACUUACAUCGAAUACAUCAAGUUUGAUGGAUAAAUCGAGACAUGUAAAAAUUGAUGGAGCAAAAAUUAAUGACAAGAAACAUAAAAAUCAUGAAAAAAAACGUCGAAAAAGUUGUUCGACAGAAAAAUUACAUAAAAAUAAAUAUGAUAUUCGAAGUCGUGACUCGUAUAAUCGUCAAUAUGAUAGUUUUAAUGAAUUUACAAGCUUAUCUGAACGUGAACGAACAAACAGUUUAACAAGCGAAAGUUCUCGAAAUACUACGAAAUCUAGGAAAUUAUCAACGUAUUCCACUUUAAACGCAGGUGGUAAAGUUCCGUGGUGUGGAUGUUGGGGUAAUGGCUGUUUAUGAGAGGAUCAUUCUACAAAAAUAGACAUUAUUUACGUGCUCACACAAUGUACCACAGUAUUUGUGGAUUUAUAUUUGUUUGGUAUGAUAAAAAAUUAAGAAAUGAGCGGUAUACUUUUAUUUUAUAUAUUGAUGCCAUUGAUUACCACCGUCACCAAAGUAUUUUAAUUAUUUUAUUAAAAUCCAAACGCCCUAAUUUGCAUAACAGUACAUUUAUUCCCCGCCACACGAGGUCAAUAUUUCAAGCCAGCAAGCCCAGUGGUGUGCUGAGGUUCUCGCAAGCCCCUUGUUAAAUUAUUCUAUAAUUUGCAAGUACUUUUUCUUAUUGGCAACCAUUAUUUUCCGACAGAAGAUAUCCUAAAACUAUUAUCAUUUUUGUAAAGUGACGAAAUUAUGCAUGCCUAUCAGAGAGAUUAGUAUCAAUAGAAUUAGUAUCAUUUUGGACCCAUUAAUAUUACUGGCCCAAAAUAAAGUUAAUAAGACUCAAAAUAAAGUCAAAAAUAGUAUUAUGAUGUUUAAGUUCACUGAAAAAGUAUGUACUUGAAAAAAGUAUGAAUGUGAAAAAGUAUUGACUUAUAAUUUCAUCGAAUAUUGGUCACUAUACCCAAUAUAUCGUUCUAGCCGAUAUAUUCGUAUGUGUGUUUAAAUAGGGAUCUAGCCGGGAUCUUGCCAUUUCGUCGAUAUAAUCCAUUCGGUGUUAUAACCGAAGUCAACAUAACCGAUUUUGAUGAUCUUAUUUUGCAGACCUCUUGUUAAAAAUCUCAUACACUUAGCAAACCAGAAAAAACUAGUUUCGGGUAAACUAAGUUGUCUUGGUUUUUAAAACAACAGGCCAGUAAAAAACCGCCACUUAAAACCAUGGCUUACUCCCUGUACCUUCCUACACUUAUGUUACACAAUCAUACUGGCUUGAAUUUCAUAUCAUCGUGUAGACAACACUGACCUAUUGCCAAGUCAGCCAAAUAAGCACGAUGGAAUACUAUAAUAUUUUAAGGUUGGUGUUCUAGGAUGAAAAAUUCAGGACACAAAUAGAUGAAACACGCUGUAUGGAGAGAGACACAAGAUAUUUUUAAAAUAAGGAGCUUUUUUAUAU